AUAGCAAGAUGAGCUGCAGCGCGCGCUCCUCCUGGCCUGGACCAAUGAGCGGCGCCGUGACUCGGCAGAUCCUUUAUAAAGCUGCAGCUCAUCGCAGAGCGGAAUCCUUUGUUUUUCUGUUGAAACAGAAGGUUGAAAUGGCAAGAACCAAGCAGACCGCUCGUAAGUCCACCGGAGGCAAAGCCCCCAGGAAGCAGCUGGCCACCAAGGCUGCCCGUAAAAGCGCCCCGGCCACCGGCGGAGUGAAGAAGCCCCAUCGUUACAGGCCCGGUACCGUGGCUCUCAGAGAGAUCCGUCGUUACCAGAAAUCCACCGAGCUGCUGAUCCGCAAGCUGCCCUUCCAGCGCCUGGUCAGGGAGAUCGCUCAGGACUUCAAGACCGAUCUGCGCUUCCAGAGCUCAGCUGUCAUGGCUCUGCAGGAGGCUAGCGAGGCUUACCUGGUCGGCCUGUUCGAGGACACCAACCUGUGCGCCAUCCACGCCAAGAGGAAAAUAUCAUUCAUAAUGAGCGGCAGAGGAAAGGGAGGGAAAGGACUUGGAAAAGGAGGCGCUAAGCGUCACCGUAAAGUCCUCCGUGAUAACAUCCAGGGAAUCACCAAACCCGCCAUCCGCCGUCUGGCUCGCCGCGGUGGUGUGAAGCGUAUCUCUGGUCUGAUCUACGAGGAGACCCGCGGAGUGCUGAAGGUUUUCCUGGAGAACGUGAUCCGUGAUGCCGUCACCUACACCGAGCACGCCAAGAGGAAGACCGUGACCGCCAUGGACGUGGUUUACGCUCUGAAGAGACAGGGUCGCACUCUGUACGGCUUCGGAGGUUAAAUCUGACCCACUGAUACUGAA